AUUGAGGAAGAGUAGAUCCAGACGGUGGCGGUAAUGCAACUUCAAGGAUGCUAACUGCCGUGAAACCUCAUGAACGAAGAAGAAAAAGAAGCGUAUGCACAUUUGCUGUGAUAGUUACAUCCUUGGUACGCAGUGCACUUGAAGGCAACACAACAUGAAGGUAAACUUCGUUGUGACAGAGAGUACAGUCUGUGCUGGUGUAAACACGACUUGGAGAUGGCAACGUUGAGUUGUUUGGUCUAACGCUAAAAGACUCGGUUCGGGGGAAACUCCGGCUUGACCCAGCGAGUUGAGCCGACAUGGGGACACUGUGGUCUCGUAGCGACAGCAGCCGGUCGCUCCUCCCGGAGAGGCAGAGCUCUGAGCGGCGAGGAGAAGACAGAGAUUCCGAUAACGACUCUUUGGAUGGUCUCGUCAGACGUGAGGACAUAGCUCAGUUCCCCUACGUGGAGUUCACCGGCAAGGACAGCAUAACGUGUCCAACAUGCCAAGGGACUGGGCGAAUACCCUCCGAACAAGUGAAUGAACUGGUUGCAUUGAUCCCGUACAGCGACCAAAGGCUGCGACCCCAAAGAACGAAGCUCUAUGUGGUCCUGUCAGUGGUGUUGUGCCUCUUGGCGUCAUCACUCGUGGCCUUCUUCCUCUUCCCUCGCACCGUGGUUGUGGUGGAUGAUGGGAUACACUCGGUGACUGUGCACUUCGACCGCUCCAACAUGAAGGUCCUAAUGAACAUGACGAGCACUCUGAAUCUCAGCAACCCGAACUUCUUCUCGGUGCUGGUGCAGAGCGUGAACAGCCAGGUCCUUUACAUGAAGACGGUGAUCGGAACUCAGCAGCUCGACAACGUCACCUCCAUCCUGCCGCUCAGUCAGAUACAGGUGAACUACACCGUCAGUGUGGCGAUUGGUGGCAGUGCCCCCUACGUCUAUGCCUUCUGCACCAUGCCCAGCAUUAAGGUCCACAACAUUGUCGUAUAUAUGCAAACCACGGUGAAAACCUCAAACAUAGUGCGAACAUCCCAGAACAGCCUGGAGGCCUAUCGCUACAUAGACUGUGGUUCCAACAGCACAUGGCACAGCCACCUCUCCCCCGCCCACUCUGCAGCCAUGACUCGUCUCAGCUUUGCUCUGCUGUGAGUGAGUGAGUGAGUGAGUGAGUGAGUGAGCGAGCGAGCAAGCGGAACAGACGGCUCACUUCUCUGGAGGAGGUUGGGAGAUGUAGGCGCACACUCCAGGAUGGAUUUUGCAGACACAACCACCAGCAGCAAAACACCAGAUGGUGCUCUCUUCUUAGCCCACACAGUAUAGAUAACAUUAAGUAGCCGUUAACUUGUGCCAUUUAAAAAAAAAAUGAACAUAGGUUUUCAUCAGACAGCCCAGAGGCAACAGAUACAGGUUUUGUUGCGGUUCCUGUCAGGCAUAACUAUUUCUUGCUCUAGAGCUACUUGUGGUUUUAACUUGCAUUCGUGGGGGCUCAAGAUUGACAGAACUCAGCGUGUAUGCAUGUACAUUUGAAAAGGCAGUUCUGCUAUUUCAAACUUGUUGACAGAUUGUGUAACAUCCUCUACUGAAAAUGGAAUGACAACUUGAACGAGUCGUUGCACUCUGUCGCCGUGUUUCUGAUGCAGGAUAAAUGUCAGAGAAAGCUCUUUUCUUUUCUUUUGCUCUAGCUUUAAUUACCAGAGCUCUGUCUGUGUCUGCUGCCGUUGUAACAUCAGGAGAGCAUUCUUCAGGAUAGCUUGAAUAGAUUUUUUGGGAUUUGUAACACUGUGUUGGACUGGAGACCACUGACUUUUCUUUAAAAAAAAAAAAAAAAUAGGGAGGUGGAGCUGGCCUGCUGUUUCUAUUUUGGAUUUAACAUGAACAGACGGGACAAUACAAUGACGGUUUUUGCACCUUGAAACAGAGACAUCUUGUUAAACCUAUUGCUUUUGCCGUGUUAAAAUAAGUUGAAAAUAGCAUUUACACAUUUAAUAUUUCACAGAUGUUUUUAAAUCAGUUGAUAAGUUAUUGUUUGGUACCUCUCAUCACAGCAAGUCUAAGCACACUGAUUUUAGAUUCAGGGUAAAUAUCCUGUGUCACGGAGACGAAAACUGCUCUCAAGACUACAUUUUCUUGAAAGUCUUAAUGACGUUUGUGUUGAUAUUAACUAGGGUACAAUGGAGUGAAUUAAAGGAUCAGUGAGAUCAUACAUUCUUUUACCAUUUACACUCCUGGCUUAGCUACUGAAAGAGGAAUCUAAUUUGUGCUGUUGAACGUCUGUAAACAUUAUCCUCUGCACCAUGGCCUUAAAAAUCCAGAUGUGCAACAGCAUUCUAAGAUCAUGGCUGAAUGCGCCUCUUUGUUGUAUUAAACGUUUCUCAUCUUUGCGGAAUAUUUCAGACCAGGAACUACAUCAUCACAGAUCUGUCAAAAAGAUUGUAAAAA